UCUUUACAAAAAAAAAAAAAAAUUAAAAAUUAGCCUGGUGAGGCUGUGCAUGCUUGUGGUCCCAGCUGUUCGGAGUCCAGGAGUUUGAGGUUGCAGUGAGCCAUGAACACGCCACGCCACUGCACUAAGCCUGGGUGACACAGCAAGACCCUGUCUCGAAAAAUGAAUAAGGUAAAUGUUACAUGUCUCCCGCACCCUUAGAAUAGAACUACAGACAUCCAAGCCACUCCUACCCCGCUCACCCCUGCUACACACCGCCUCCACGCCUUUGACCGGCCUAUGGCUGUACUCGGAUUGCAUUCUCAGCCUCCACUUCAAGCCUGCGUUCCCUGGGGAGGUCAUUCAACCCUAGAUCCACCACAUGUCAUGCCCAACCAAUCUCAGUUACUUUGCGAGUUCACCUCCAUCCUGAGUGGACGCUCAAGCAAGACUGCUGGAGCUGCAGAUCUGGGAGGUUCGCUGCACCACCUUGAUGCUCAGUAUGUACUUUUGAAAAUAUACCGGAUUGUUGAGAUUUGAGAAAAUCUCAUAAAGCUGCUGAAAAGAACUGGCCAGAGCCGUGUGAUUUGAGAGGCGGCUGACGUAAGGUAGCUGCGCGGCCCAGGAUGCCCGCCUGGCCCGGGGUGAAUUGCGCUGUCGUCGCGGUGGUCGCGUAGGCUCCACGCCAGGCCUCGCCCCGGACUUACCCUGCGACCCCGGCCCUCCGCGCGCGCCGCAGCCGCCCUCGGUUGCUAUUGGUUGCUCGUCCUGUUUGUCGGCGCUUCUCGAAGAAGGGGGCGAAGACGUAAUUGAAUGUGUCGGUGCUCAUUAGUUCUUCUGUCAGUCGAUCACGAGGUGCCGUUUUCUUCAUUCUUCAUUGGCUGGCGGGCUGAGGGGCGGGCUUGGCGCGCCGGUCGCCCAGACAUGGCGGACGGCAGCGGCUGGCAGCCGCCGCGCCCCUGCGAGGCCUACCGCGCCGAGUGGAAGCUCUGCCGCAGCGCCAGACACUUCCUACACCACUACUACGUCCACGGCGAGCGGCCGGCCUGCGAACAGUGGCAGCGCGACCUGGCCAGCUGCCGCGACUGGGAGGAGCGCCGGAGCGCCGAGGCCCAGCAAUCCCUCUGUGAGAGCGAGCGGGCACGAGUCCGGGCUGCACGGAAGCACAUCCUGGUGUGGGCCCCGAGGCAGAGCCCCCCUCCAGACUGGCAUCUCCCUCUGCCGCAGGAGAAGGACGAGUGACAAGCAUCCCUGCCAUUGGCCUGUGCAGCUUCCUCAGUGUGUUUCAAGUUGCUGUUGCACAGCCCUGGGGACUGUGACCAGCCUACACAGUCUAGUGGGUCCCUGUGAGCUCUUGCUCACAGGAACAUGGAGCAGGACGUUGCUAGCCCUACUUGCCCACCCCUCACCUGCAUGCAGGAUACCCUGACACUGCGAUGUUCUGCAGGACAAUUGCACCGCUUUAGAGCUUCCAGGAGGCCAAGCAUUAUGGCAGGUACUUGUGAGCAGCCAGGUCAGGCUGGGCAUGGUAGCAUAGGAGAUGGCGGUCCUGAGGUCUAGGCUUCUCAGGUAAACUGAAGGGUAGCCCUGACCUGUGUGGACACACAGGUGGGUCAUAAUGAGGUAGCUAAACAGUUGUGCCACUGUGAAUGUCUUUCCUAGUCCUUGGGAAACUGCCUGCCACGUCCCAGGUUUGGUGAGCAUUGUGAGUGCUCACACUCUGCUCCACUCACUCAGUUCCACUGCACAUGCAGGCAGGUGUGCCGAGCAGGUAGGGCUUGCUGGCCCCUCUGCACCAGCAGGCUUCACUUCUUAGGCUCCCAGGUCGGCCCCUGGAGACUCUGGUUUUUAAGAAAUGCACACAGCUACAGAACACAUAACCUUGCAUAAAGAGGGUUUGUGGACUCAGCUGAAGAAAUCCAAGUCCAAGACAUAUGGAAUUAAGGACUCCUUCCCUCAAAAUUUCCCCUGGUGGUUAAUGUAUCAAAAGCCAUUUCAUCUGAUUUCAAACAGAAGCUGAAAAUUAAGUUCACAUUUGUUAGAUUUUGUGUGUAACAGUGUUGUACCUGGACAGUAUUAGAAAUUUGUAUGCUUAUUCUCUUGUUAAGUGUUUUAAAAUGUAUGAACCACCAAAAACACUAUUUCUUGAAGAGGUCUGUUUAUUACUAAUAGAAUGGUUUCUCAUCCUAUGGUGGCCCUGUUGUGUGAUGCUGAGGGCUAGGCUGGGUCUGUGCCCAGCACCCUCCCUGCUCUCUUCCUGGACACAGGCAGCAAGUUGAAUAUCUUUUAAUUUGUUCUUUGGGGCAGAAUAAUCUAUCACGUCAGAAGGGUGUCCAUUAAAGAACAGUAUUUCCCUGCUUGAGUGUGUUUUCUCCUGUGCUCCCUAAGAGCCCCUGUCUGUGUCUGUGAACAGUGGGGGUGGGGGUGGGGGUUGUGCUCACGGGAUCUCAAGAGCAGGAGCAUCUAAAGAGGAGCCAGCGUUCCCCCAUCAUCGGGGAGUACUGAUGUGUCUAAGGCAACCAGGGUGCCUCCAGCAUGGCUGUGGCUGGUUUAAUAAUGAGCAUUUCCACCCAGUGAGGGAAGAGAGGAAGACUGCUAGAGAUCUACAAGGUUUUUCUUACUCUUAAACACAGGGACGGGGCAUCUGAAUUUGCAGUCUGCUGUAAUCCCAGCACUUUGGGAGGCCAAGGUGGGUGGAUCACUUGAGGUCUGGAGUUUGAGACCAGCCUGGCCAACAUGGUUGAAACCCCCCAUCUCUUAAAAAUACAAAAAUUAACUGGGCAUGGUGGCACGUGCCUGUGAUCCCAGCUACUCGGGAAGCUGAGACAGGAGAAUUGCUUGAACCCCAGAGGCAGAGGUUGCAGUGAGCUGAGAUCGUGCCACUGUACUCCAGCCUGGGCGACAGAGUGAGACUCUGUCUCAAAGAUAAAAUAAUAAAAUGAAUUUGCAGCCUGCAUGUGAUGCCUGGGAUUGCAGCAGCUGCCUUCAGGUUCCUGGGGCGGAGCUGGAGAGUGCAGCAAAAGCCAGGGCAUGCCAGCCAGCACCCCAGUCCAUGAGGGGCCUCCCCUCAGUGCAGCCACGCUCCCUGCCACCUGCUUGUUUAGCAAGGUAUGCAUUGUGCGGCUGCAUGCUCUGUUAGGAAGCAUUAAGUCCUGCCUCUGUAGUGUGACUAUCAUAUUUUGCCUCCUUCUUCACUACUCAAGUUCCACAUCAACAGAUAAUCUCUCUGGAGAGGAUGUUCCUGUAUUUGUUUCUAUGUCAAUUCCUUCACAACAUCUGAGUGUCCACAUGUUGGACAGGGUUUGAGGCUUAUAAGACCACAGUUUUGAAACAGACAAGUUGUCUUCAAAGAGUUUCUGUUGUAGUUUGGGUAAAAGACAGACAUUAAACAUCAAUAAAUAGGAAUUUAAAACAGUGGCUGGAUGUGGUGGCUCACGGCUGUUAUCCCAGCACUUUGGGAGGCUGAGGUGGGAGGAUUGCUUGAGCCCAGGAGUUCGAGACCAGCCUGGGCAACGUAACAAGACCCCAUCUCUACAAAAAAUAAAUGAGCUAUGCAUGGUGGCAUGCAUUUGUAGUUCCAGCUACUUCGGAGGCUGAGAUAGGAUCGUUUGAGCCCAGGAGUUUGAGGCUGCAAUAAGCCAUGAUUGUGCCCCAGUGCACUUCAACCUGGGUGACAGAGCGAUAUCCUGUCUCAAAAUAAAUUAAAAUGGUGGUAAUUUCUGAAGCAGUUUGGUAUUUUAUGGUGGUGGUAUGAAGAAAACAAAUACUAUAAUAAGAGCAAUAUCUUUCAAACUUUUUGGACAGGUGCUAGGUGUGGUGGCUCACACCUGUAAUCUCAGCUACUUGGGAGGCUGAGGCAGAAGAAUCACUUGAGGAUAGGAGUUUGAGGUUGCAGUCAGCUAUGAUCGUGCCACUGCACUCCAGCCUGGGCAACAGAGCAAGACCCUGUCUCUAAAUAAAUGUUUUAAAAAUAAAAAUAAAUGUUUUGGAUAAAACCCCAUAUUAAUAAUAAGUAUUUUACAUUAUUAUCUGGCAUAGACUGUUAUAUAUAGCAUAUUAUUGUUGAAAUACAAAACAAUAUGUAUCCGUACUGUAUGUGAUAUAGUGCCAUUUUCAGUAACUGCUGUACACACAGCAACUCAGAUGAAACUCAAGGAAAUUCUUCAGAGCAAAAACAGCCAAUCUUGAAAACAUACAUGUAGCAGGAUUCCAUUUAUGUAACAUUGGUGAAAUAAUGUAAUUAUAGAGAUGGAAAAGAGAUUAAAGGUUACCAGGGGUUUAGGUUAGGGAUGGUGAGGGGGUGGUUCAUACGAGGGAGUCCUGUGGUGUUGAAAACCAUCUGUCAGCCUGACUGGUGGUUACACAGGGCUAUACAUGAAGUUAAAAUUGUGUAGAGUUAGGUACACAAAGGAGUACAGAUGUAACUGGGGAAACUGAGUAUGUUCUGUAGACUGUACCAAUGUCAAUUUCUGCGUCCUGACGCUGUGCUGUAGUGUAUAAGGUGUUAACAUUGGGGGAGGCUGGGGCAAGGGUACCCAGGACCUCCCUAGACAACCUCCUAUGCAACCUCCUGUGAAUCUAUAAUUACUUCAAAAUAAAAAGUUGAAAACAAA